CCUACGGAAGUGGAACUAACUAGCUUCUGUUGCGAGUCAGUAAACGGCUAACGAACAUACAUUAUCAAUUACAAACCGAGUACACGGAUCCGGCACAUAACAUGCUCCUACAUACCCCGCCGGCACACGUUCCUGCAGUCGUCUCGCUCGCCGCCCGAGCGCAACCGACCGAACGGGAAAACAGACAUUUUACAACGCCAACACACUUCACCGACGCCUCUAAAGCCUCCGUAUAAAGUUCAAUUCUCCGCGGCUCGAGACGGAGAUGCAUCAACACGCUUCAAAUAGAACGCGACACGGAAAAAGGAAAGCGUUCGAAAUGAAGCGCGGCGAUUGGGCGACGCGCGCCAAUGGCGGCGACGGGCGGGGCCGGCGCGCAUGCGCGGCGGUGCGCGGCGCGCGCGCACAUGUCCCGCUCGCGCGCCGCUCGGCGGACGCAUGCGUAGCUCGGUGGUGAGUGCAGUGAAGUGGUGACCAUGCUCGGCGGCAUGGACGGCAAGGAGUACGGCGCGCUGCACGCGGCAGCCGCCGCCGCCUCCUACGCCAUGGACUCGGGUACGUCUUUCGCCCGAGAAAACCUGGACCACACACUAGAUCCGAGUGGCGGCUCACUAGGCGGCGGCGUAGGCAGCUCGCAGCAGUACGGCGAAGUGAACCAGCUGGGCGGAGUAUUCGUCAACGGACGACCGCUACCCAACGCAGUACGGCUGCGGAUAGUGGAGCUGGCACAGCUGGGCAUCAGGCCCUGCGACAUCAGCCGGCAACUUCGAGUGUCACAUGGCUGUGUGUCAAAGAUCCUGGCGCGGUACCACGAGACGGGGUCAAUUCUUCCUGGUGCUAUUGGAGGCUCGAAACCCCGCGUUACUACGCCCAAGGUUGUGUCCUACAUAAAGCAACUAAAAGCGAAAGACCCCGGCAUCUUCGCUUGGGAGAUCCGCGACCGGCUGCUCGCGGACGGCGUGUGCGACAAGUACAACGUGCCCUCCGUGUCCUCCAUCAGCAGGAUCCUGCGCAACAAGCUGGGCGGCGCGCUGUACCCCGUGCCGCCGCUCUACCCCGUGCCGCCGCAGCGCUGCUGGCCGCUGCACCAGCCCUAUGACUACUACGUCUACCUACAGGGCCGGCAACACGCCGGCGGUGCACCGCACGGGCUGCAUCCACACCAACAGCCCGCGCCGCCGCACCACGCGCACGCGCUCUGACCCGCCGCGCCCGCGCACCCUCACCGCGCCACCGACCACGACCGGUGACCAAUUGAGAACCAGAGGGUGGCUGGUUGAGCACCCUUCCUGCUCCACCGA